AUGCAACCCCCACCGGCGACACCGACUUCUACAACUACGCCUGAGGCAAGGAAGUGUUCUCCCCCCAGGAUAUGGAAUCCCUGCAGGGUGACUUUGGCCGACAAGGAGCUGUACAUUGCGUACCAGCAGGGUAAUUACUACGUUGUCUGCACCUGGGAUUUGUUUAUCGGAGCACCAUUCUUCGCCUACGGGCGUUGCGCCCACGGCCUCGACAAUAUUGAUCGAUGCGAGCAUUGUGUACGGGGCGCGACCUUGACCAUGAUUCAAUACUGUCGUGCCGCGGUCGCGGCUCAGGCCGUGUCUGAGUCCUGUUGUGUUCGAUAA